AUGACGGAAGGGCUCCGCUGGGGCGGCCAGGCGUAUCUACUACAACAGCUCGGGCGAGAAAAUCCCCUAAUGCAAUGCACAUUACUUCCUAAAGAGGGUUUGCGGCGUGCAUGCGUGUGCAUUGCAUUAGAAGGCCGUCUCACCUGGGCUGUUGUGAAUAUGCAUGCCGUGCCUUCCCCCCGCCUUCCCCACUAUGCAACUGGCGAUGACCGAAUAAACCCGAAGAGGCAAGGGACAGUGAUGGCAGGAAUCAAGAGAGUACCACUGCACGAUGUCAAGGCAGAUGCAAGGGAUCCAAUAUUACGUGACGAAUGA